CCGCACAUGCGCGCGCACACAUGCACUUUCAAUUUUUUUUUUUUUUUUUUGGUCCAGCCAUGGAUCCUUAGUACCGUAGACGCUCCAAGCGGCUGUUGUCGGAGCAAAUUAAAUCUGCAGUCGCUCGCUGCUUUUGCUCUUCCUGACCUUGCCCGCCUUGGGUUUGGGCUUCUCAAUCAUUACAAGGAUUCCAGCGCUGUCCACCCAUGGCCACGUCGGAUGGACUAGACGGCUGUCUACAGCGAGGUAGAUCUCAAAGUGACCCGAAUAUACUCACCGAACCGGGGAUCGAUUUGGCUCACGGUGCAGUAGAUGGACUGGACCAGCAGAGAGUGCUAAGAGCUGGCUGCUUGGUAACUGGGGUCCACACUCCCACCAUUAGGCGCAACAGCAAGCUGGCCACGUUGGGCCGCCUCUUCAAGCCGUGGAAAUGGAGGAAAAAGAAAAAUGAUAAACUUAAACAGAGCUCCACAGAUGUAGCAUUAUCCAGCGGCCUUUUGUACCAUGACCCAAACUCUCCCAGCCAGGGUUGCUGCUCAGAUGGAACACUCCUGCUUGGCGGCUUUGGAGGAUCCCUAAACUCCAACCUCACAGUCAGCAGUGUGGAGUACCUUGGUCCAGAAGAGGAACAUCCCACUCCAGCUGCUGCCCUCCAGGACUCUGAACGUCUGGAGGAAAAUGUAAACGUAUCAUUACAAGAUGAGGAUGGAGACCAGGAGGGGCCCUCAGGUGGGGAGUUACCAGACAGGCUUCAUGACGUUGGAGAGCAGACAGAAGAAAGACCAGAAGAGGAGAUUCCUGCAGGAAUGUCCCCGCCACAAGUACCUCCGAAACCUUUGCCAACGCUGACUACAGGAGAUGAUUCAGGCCCCGUGUCUCUCCCUGUUCACCAUACCAAUUCCUACCACCCCAAGGAGCCUUCACCCAGGGCCUCAGAGAACCUGGCACCCAUCACUCAGACCAUUAGGGGGCCCCUGGCCAACUCCUCAGGGUCACCACACCUCGGCAAUAUGAUGCACCCGCUUAUGCCCCCUAGCUGUAUUAUGGAGGAACUGCAGAGAGCAUUCGCCACCAAGAACAGGCAGGAAAGUGUGCAUGAAGGGUGUGAGCAGGGCUCACCCCCGCGGCUUUGGUGCUCUAAUGGCCGCCUCUCAAGAUCCUCCAGCUCAGACAACCAACACACGUCCUCUCUGGUGGGAUUUUGCUUAGGUGGGUCCGACUGGCCCAAGAAAGAGGCUGAAGAGAACAAGGAGAACGUGCGGCUGGACCAGUGCUUCUCUAACACUUCGGGCCUUCCCAACGACCUGGAUGGAUGGAACGACUCUGUCAUCUCUGGUACACUUCCUCGCAGGUUAAGGAAGGAGUUACUGGCCGUCAAGCUACGAAACAGACCCACAAAGCAGGAAUUGGAAGACCGGAACAUCUUCCCUGUGAGGAGCGACCAGGAGCGCCAGGAAAUCCGCCAGCAGAUAGAGAUGAAGCUUGCGAAGAGGCUGAGCCAGAGACCCAAUGUGGAGGAGCUGGAGAGUCGGAACAUUUUAAAACAGAGAAAUGACCAGACCGAACAAGAAGAGAGGAGGGAGAUCAAACAAAGGCUAAACAGAAAGCUCAAUCAGCGGCCAACAGUUGAUGAGCUUCGGGACAGAAAAAUUCUGAUUCGCUUUAGUGACUAUGUGGAAGUGGCCAAAGCUCAGGACUACGAUAGGAGGGCAGACAAGCCCUGGACAAGGCUGUCAGCAGCAGACAAGGCUGCCAUCCGGAAAGAGCUGAAUGAGUUCAAAAGCACUGAGAUGGAAGUACAUGCAUCCAGCAAACACCUAACGAGGUUCCACCGGCCAUGAAAGCCCAGAAUUUCUUCUGUGAAGAACUGUUCUGAAUCCGCUGUGUCGACAAGCCUGAAGCCUUUCCCAUCUUCAGCCUGUGCGUAACUUUCUUCCUGCUUGGACAGAAGAUAAUGCUCAUGGCGUCCUGUCCUGGAGACCUACCUCCUGGCCUUUGAUGAUGGCAGCAGGCCGGAGGAGGAGGAGCACUGUGGUGAAGCUUCUUGUUCUCAGGAUGAGGGCAGGCGUGGAAAGAAAAAACAAUCUUGUCAUGGAGUCAGUGUUGUUUUCUUUUGUACCGUUUCAUGGACAUGACAAGAUGUUUAGUGAGAGUAUGCUGUGCAUGUGACCACCUUCUCUUAACUGAUGAAUAAUGUGUCACUUGGACUGGAGAUUAAUUUGAUAUUCACUGUACAUACAGUAUGUCAAUGUCUUCACUGAAAAAAGAACUCCCUUUGUAAGCACUACUACUAUUUCAAAAAUAACAAGUCUUUUUCUUAAAAAUGAAAGGCUCGUGUGUUUUUAAAAAUGCCCUAUUUAAUUAAGAAUUCUUUCAAACUGAAAAUGCAAAACAGCAACUUCUGUCUUGAGUGAAGACAGAUUACAUUGAAUAAAUAUUAUAAAAACACACUGCUUGUCCAAAACAACAUAUAAUAAAGUAAAUGGUUGCCGAAUGAACCGCCAUAGUUUUCACACCACUGGAAGAACAGAACAAUCACUCAGACACUCCAUCAGAGAAA